AUGUCGCAAUCAGACCCAUCUGCUCACAGUCCGGCCCCUCGGCAACACGACAUGAAGAGAGAGAAGCUGCUUAAGGGGAGAGAGGAUUUGUUGGCGAUUGUUUCGGCGCAGCUGCUCCUUAGGGCUGAGCGGGACGAUCUUGAGACGAGGAAAAGACGGAUAUGGGUUGAUGUCGGCGGUGGCACAGGCUAUAAUAUCGAAGCUAUGUCCAAGUUUCUCGAUGUACCCAAGUUCUUCGACGCUGUUUACAUGGUUGAGUUAGUUCCUUCACUAUGCGAGAUUGCUAGGGAACGGUUUUGCGAGCUCGGCUGGACAAACGUUCAUGUUAUCUGCCAGGAUGCCAGAGCGUUUCGUCUGGAAGAUUAUGAGCUCCCGGACUCUGGGUAUGCGUCUAGCCCGGUAAACUCAGGCCAGGCACAGCGGGGUCAUGAAGAAGGGGGAGCAGACUUGAUCACUCUAUCAUACAGCUUGUCGAUGAUUCCAGAUUUUCACGCCGUCAUCGACCGGUUCUCGAAUCUCCUCUCACCCCACGGCAUCAUCGGUGUGAUCGAUUUCUACGUCCAGUCUGAAGCCGACGCGAGUGACCGGACGUACACUGGAGGGCUCUUCGGCCGCCAUGUUAACUAUCUGAGCCGAACCCUCUGGAGAGCAUGGUUCGAGCUCGACUGGGUCGGACUUGAACCAGCUCGUCGUGACUACCUAGAAUAUCGCCUGGGGACAAUUCUCACCCUCAACCUGCGCAACAAGUCAUUAGGGUCGAUCCCUUACUACAUCUGGAUUGGCUGCCGCAAGGACCCUACCGUCGCGUGGUUUCAUCAUGGAGCGGCGGCAGCUCAGUCCCCUCUCUGGAUUAGGAAAGGCAAACAGAAUGACUCAAACAAACUCAACCUCGAGGGCAGGAGAGGCCAGCCAGAUAUUCCGCCAAAGGUGCUUGAACUUGCCUUACACAACCUCUCUGCGAACCUACCUCUUCCUGCGGCCUUCUACCAAAACCAGCCGUGGCGAGUCUACUACGACGAUCGGCUGGAGAGGUACACACAGUUCAGCGACGAGUACAUCUACUCUUUUACGUGGGAGGACUCCGAGGUUGACCAAGCCCUCCUAAACAUCGGCCCCGACGACACCGUACUAGCGAUUACCAGCGCAGGCGACAACGUCCUCUCCUACGCCUUACACAGCCCGGCCAAGAUCCACGCCGUCGAUCUAAACCCCGCCCAGAACCAUCUUCUCGAGCUCAAGCUCGCCGGCUAUAUGGCCCUUCCCUACUCAGACUUCUGGCAGCUUUUUGGCGAAGGCAAACAUCCCGACUUCCGGUCCUUACUCACCUCCAGGCUAUCAGCCCACCUCUCCAGCCGUGCCUUCCAAUACUGGCUGCACCACGCCAACGUCUUCAACCCCGCCGCCGGCCGUGGCUUGUACGACACUGGAGGCAGCAGACACGCCCUGCCUGCCAUCCGCUGGGCCUCCCGUCUUGUUGGCCGCCGUAAGGCGGUGAAGCAGCUUUUGGAAGCGCCGACGCUCGAAAAGCAGCGCAGUAUAUGGAUAUUCAAAAUGCGGCCUGCGCUGUCGAGUACAUUGAUCAGCCACAUGCUAGUUCAGUCGGAGGGGUUUCUUUGGAAAGCACUGGGCGUGCCCAAGACGCAGUUGGCCAUGAUUGAGGAAGAUUAUGCCUCUUCGUUUGAGGAACCGAUGUUUAGUAGUAAAAGGCAGAGGGGGAAUGCCUUGUAUCAGUACAUGAUGGAUACGCUGGAGCCCGUGUUUACGCACUGUCAUGUGGCGAGCGAGAAUCCGUACUAUUUUAUUUCGUUGGCUGGUACCUACACCCCACAAUGUCAUCCGGAGUAUUUGGCGCCGCAAGCACACGAGAAGUUGAGUCAGAGGGGUGCGUUAGACAAGAUACGUAUUCACACGGAUAGUCUGGUUGACGUCCUGGAAGAGUCACUUUCCCCUGGGUCGUUGACGGUGGCGGUGAUCAUGGAUUCGAUGGAUUGGUUUGCUCCCGGGGAUGAGACAGCGGUGAAGCAGGUUGAGGCGUUGAAUAGGGCGCUGGCGAUGAACGGGAGGGUGUUGUUCAGGAGUGCGGCGAGAGUACCAUGGUUGCUGAUCUGGAAGGGGGACGAGCUGGAGGUUGACUUGAUGGGGAGGAUGGUGGGGAGGAGACAUGAGAUGUUUGCGGGAGGAGGAGAGAAGUCCGUGAGUCCGAAGGGAAUCCGCCUUGGUGAGGAGAAUGCCUGA